AUGCCGUAUCAUCCCAACUCAGGCUUCUCCCUCCCAAGGUGGAUUAGUGAAUUCUUCAAGCCCCGAAUGUCAGCCGAAAGCGCCACCGCCAUGGCAGGCUUGGCAGCAGCCGUCGAAUGCCAUGCAUGCAGCACUCAGGUGGGCGUCCCUGCCUUCCACUCCACCACCUGCGACGGUGCCCAUCACCAGCCGCGUUGGGUCGCCUUCGCCGGAUCCUCCCUCGUCCGCAUCCAGGCCUGGCCUGGCCCGGGUGAUGGAGCCUCCAGGCGCAGGCCAGCAGGGCCAUUUGGGUCCGUCCUCGACCCCCGCAGCCCGGAGGUGAAGAAAUGGAACCGGGCCUUGCUUAUGGCGCGCGGGGUCGCCCUGGCGGUGGAUCCCCUCUUCUUCUACACAAUAUCGGUGGGGACGGGAGCAUCGCCGUGCCUCUACAUGGACGGCGGGCUGGCAGCUACCCUGGCGAUAGUCCGCACGUGCGUCGACGGGGUUCACGUCCUCCACAUGUGGCUGCAACUGAGGUUGGCGUACGUGUCAAGGGAGUCCAUGGUGAUUGGGUGCGGGAAGCUCGUGUGGGACGCACGUGCCAUCGCGUCCCACUACGCGCGGUCGCUCGAGGGGCUCUUGUUCGACGUGUUUGUAGUGCUUCCUGUUCCUCAGAUCAUUUUAUGGUUAGCAGUGCCAAAGUUGAUCAGAGAAGAGCGGGUCAAGAUGAUACCGAUUCUUUUACUGAUUUUCUUAUUCCAAUUCCUUCCCAAGGUUCACCACAGCAUUUGCUUGAUGAGAAGAAUGCGAAAGGUUACUGGAUAUGUAUUUGGCACAAUCUGGUGGGGCUUUGGCAUCAAUCUUAUCGCCUAUUUCAUUGCAUCUCAUGUUGCCGGAGGAUGCUGGUAUGUCCUUGCAACACAGCGAGUGGUGAUGUGCCUCCAGAAGCAAUGUGAUGUGAGCGCAAAAUGCAAUUUCUCUAUUUCUUGUUCCAAAGUUAUUAGUUAUCAGUUUCCAUCACCAGCUGAAUCAUUGGGGAAUCUACUGGGAGGGAACUGGUCUUCACCAUGCUUUGACAAUGAUGGUCCGUUCAACUAUGGAAUAUAUGGUGAUGCGCUUUCAGUCAUUUCCAGUGAAUCCCUCUCUGUCAGGGUCCUUUAUCCCAUAUUUUGGGGUUUACUGAACCUGAGCACCUUUGGCAAUGAGCUUGAACCAACAAGUAACUGGCUUGAGGUGAUAUUCAGCAUCUGCAUUGUCUUGAGUGGCUUACUGCUCUUUACUUUGCUUGUAGGAAAUAUCCAGAUAUUUCUUCAUGCAGUCAUGGUCAAGAAGAAAAAGAUUCUGCUGAGGUUCCGGGACAUUGAGUGGUGGAUGAGGCGAAGGCAGCUGCCAUCUCAUUUGAGGCAGAGAGUUUUCCAUUUUGAAAGCCAAAGGUUGACAAUCACAGGAGGAGAAGAUGAAAUGAAGCUAAUCGAAGACUUGCCAGACGGCCUCCGCCAUGACAUCAAGCGGCAUCUUUGCCUAGACCUAAUCAAGAAGGUACCUCUCUUCCAUGACUUGGAUGACCUCGUUCUCGACCAUAUUUGUGAUCGUGUCAAGCCCCUUAUCUUCUCCAAGGGUGAAAAAAUCAUUAGAGAGGGAGACCCUGUGCAUAGAAUAAUAUUCAUCGUCCAUGGGCUCGUAGGACGGCACCAGAGCCUUAGUAAAGGCAGAGUGGCCACAAAUGUGCUUGAGCCUGGUUGCUUCUUAGGUGAUGAGCUUCUCUCUUGGUGCCUCCGCCGACCCUUCAUGGACAGACUUCCAGCCUCAUCAGCAACGUUCUCAUGCAUGGAACACACCGAAGGGUUUGGUCUGGAUGCGAAAGAUCUCAAGUAUGUGACUGAACAUUUUCGGUACAAGUUCAUGGAGGGAGGGCUAAAGAGGAUGGCCAGAUAUUUCUCGUCAAAUUGGCGGACAUGGGCGGCUGUGAAUAUACAAUUAGCAUGGCGCCGGUACAAGAUGAGGACUAGGGGCCAAGUGAGGGUUGUGAUUGAAAAUGGAGAUGCUGAGCACAGGCUGAAGCAGUAUGCAGCUAUGUUCAUGUCCCUCAAGCCUCAUGACCACCUUGAAUAA